CAUGCAGUUGUCCACGAGCCAAAGACCCGUGGACCAAACGCCUAAGCAAACCCCUAUAAUCCUGGUGCAUUUCAUCGAGCACGUGACAACGGACUUGAACGCGAGUGUGGCGCGUGAGGAAGAGUUGAAUUCGUGAACUGGAAAAGAUCGGCGGGACAUCGCCACUGACAGUUCACAGUCCAAGACCAAGUGCAUCGAAAUUAUCCACGAGUUUCUGGACCAGCUUGUUACAUUCGCGAGCACCCGAAGCUCGGAUAUACUUUGAUAUCCGAUCAAACGGUCCUCCCGACAUCCCUCAUGACCGUCGACCUGCACUGCUCGCUGCACCUGGUGUAGGGUAACCGGGAGCGCGCUCUUCGGCGCUGGAUGGAUCACCUCGAGCUUAGCCCUUUGCCAAGCACCACUUCUCCUGGGACCAUGUCGCCGCUCCUCCUGCCGCUGCUCGUCCUCGUCCUGGUCGGACCCUCGUCGCAGGAUCCGUACCACAGACAACGCCAGCCACCUGGCCCUGCACAUGACUUCGACAACGCUUUGCAGUCCGUUCCGCUUCGCGGGCCAAACAUUUGCAGGACGAGGUACAAGAAUUACUGCUGCCCAGGCUGGACCAUGAAGCCCGAGUCAGGCCUGUGCGUGAUUCCGGUAUGUUCGAGGCGAUGUGGAGUACAGGGUAGAUGCAUAAGACCGAACAUCUGUAUGUGCGAGAGUGGAACAGUGGCCUCCGUCUGCAACGCACUAGGUCAACGUAAAGGCCCAUACACCGUCUACGAGAGCGGGGAUGCAAACAGAAACGGUGUUAUCGGCAGCGGUAAUCAACGUGGAGAAGGUGGCUCUUGCAAAGCCCAGUGCAUUCAUGGUAACUGCGUGGAUGGCCGCUGCCAGUGCAGGCCAGGGUAUCAGGGUGAAUUUUGCAGCGAACCAAUUUGCAGAGAACCGUGCCUGAAUCAGGGCCGAUGCAUUGGGCCCAAUCGAUGCGCCUGCAUCUACGGUUACACGGGCCGUCGGUGCGAGACCGACUACAGAACUGGACCCUGUUUCACGAAGGUAAGAAAUGGUCAAUGUCACGCCAGUCUUCGUGGCGUCGUGUGCACUCGGCAGUUGUGUUGCGCAACUGUUGGCAAAGGAUGGGGUCAUCCCUGCGAACGAUGUCCGAUAAGACUCGAAUGCGAACCUGGAUACCUCAAGACUAAUCAGGGAAAAUGCGUUGACAUCGAUGAGUGUGAGGCAAUUCCGGGACUCUGCGAGGGCGGUAAAUGCGUCAACACCCUUGGUUCGUUUACUUGCGAGUGUCCCCAGGGCCAAACGAGGGACGAAGAAACUAAUGUCUGUAAGGACCAAGACGAGUGUCUUGAUGAAGGGGUAUGUGCUGAUGGACGAUGCGUUAAUACUGACGGUGGAUUCUACUGUCUCUGUAAUCCUGGAUUUAUCCAGAGUCCGGAUCAGCGGUAUUGCAUCGACGGACGUCAGGGUCUUUGCUUUACGGCUGUGAACAGAAACGGCCAGUGUAAGAAUCGGCUCGACAUUAGACUCAGCAAGCAGGAUUGUUGUUGCGGUAAAAACAUGGGCCGAGGCUGGGGCGACUUUUGCUACAAGUGCCCAGCGGAUGGAAGUGCCGAGCGCAGGAGACUAUGCCAGGAGUCGGCGAACUACACACUCGACGAGUGCGCGAUCAGACCAGGGAUAUGCGGAAAUGGUAAAUGCACUGACACGUCGGACGGAUAUGAGUGCCAGUGCUUUCCAGGAUAUGAGAACAAGAGGGGCAGUUGCGUGGACAUCGACGAAUGUCGUUUGGGAAAGUGUAAAGGAGGGAACUGUGUUAACUUACCUGGAAAAUUUGAGUGUCAGUGUCCACCCGGGUUCGUCGUAUCGGGCGAUAACGAAUACUGCACCGAUCACGACGAAUGCCAGGACACGGGCAUGUGUGCAAAUGGUCGGUGCAUCAACAUGGACGGAUCUCACAAGUGCGAGUGUAAUGACGGCUACUCAUUGUCACCAGGGCAAAAUGCCUGUGCGGAUAUCGACGAGUGUCUAGAUAACCCAAGGAUCUGUCUUAACGGGAGAUGCGAGAACACGCAAGGGUCAUAUCACUGUGUUUGUCAACCCGGCUUCACUGCAUCAAGAGACGACACCUUCUGCGUGGAUAUGGACGAGUGUGUAUCGGGGAUGUGCGAUAAUGGGAAGUGCGUGAACAUGGAGGGUUCUUUCAAGUGCGUUUGCGACCCCGGCUUCCGCCUUGGGCCCGAUCACAGACAUUGCAUCGAUAUCGACGAGUGUCAGAGCGCGCCAUGCCACAACGGGCGUUGCGUGAAUACUCCUGGAAGUUUCUGGUGCGAAUGUCACGUUGGGUUCAAUCUUGGUCCCGAGGGAAGGUCUUGUCUGGACACACGAAGAGAUUUGUGUUACUCCCAGUACAGGGACGGCCAGUGCUCGAAUCCAACCUCCGCCGCUGUAACCCGAUCCAGCUGCUGCUGCUGUACGGUUAUACUUGGUCAGCCGAUGGCUUGGGGUAGCAAUUGUCAGGCGUGUCCUGUCCCAGGCACGACCGAGUUUGAUGCUCUCUGUCCCCAUGGAUCGGGGAUGACGUAUAAUGGGGAUGACAUAAACGAGUGUGCCUUGAAUCCUAAUAUUUGUGUGAACGGUGGCUGCGAAAACCUGAUGGGAACGCAUCGUUGCAUAUGUGACACUGGCUAUGAAGUAGAUGCAGCAGGCAAGCUAUGCACAGACAUUGACGAGUGCGCGUUGGAAGAAACUCUCUGCAGUGGUGGGCAGUGCCGAAACACCCCAGGAAGUUUUCAGUGCACCUGUCCCACUGGUACCAGGCUGAACACCUACAACCAGAUGUGCGAGGACGUUGACGAAUGCCUGGAACUUGGGCCCGAUGCUUGCAUCAAUGGCAUCUGUAUCAACGGACAGGGAUCUUACGAGUGCAUGUGCAGUCCCGGAUAUAUACUCGACAACACUGGACACAUAUGCAUAGAUAACAGAAAAGGCACCUGCUGGACGAAGAUGGUCCAUGGACGGUGCGAGAACAAUCUUCCACGUCUUGCCCUGAGGUCGGAGUGCUGCUGUUCGGUCGGUCUAGCCUGGGGAAGCCCGUGUGAGAAGUGCGAUCACUCGCUCUGCGAGUGCUCCGUAGGGUACGCGAAGGUUGACGGAAAGUCAUGCACCGACGUCAACGAGUGUGAACUUAAUGCUGGCAUAUGCAAAGGCGGGGGAACAUGCGUUAACACUGACGGUUCUUACCGGUGUGAAUGCCCACCGGGUCUCACCCUCGACACCACACAUACAACUUGCAUUGACACCAGAGAAGAGACCUGCUACACAGAGUAUAGACACGGACAAUGCUCAAACUCGAUCGAGGGACGAUUCUCUCGGAUUCUUUGCUGCUGUUCUGUAGGUCGAGCAUGGGGUAGCGACAAAUGCGAGGCCUGUCCAAAGCCCGGGUCGCAGGCAAGAGCUGACCUGUGUCCUAAGGGUCCCGGUUUUGGUGAACGGAAGGACAUUAAUGAGUGCACUGAAUUCCCGAACAUGUGUGUCAAUGGCAGGUGCAAAAACACCAUUGGCAGUUACAGCUGUAGGUGUAACCAGGGGUACGCUCUUGACGAAAACGGAAUAAAAUGCGUAGAUAUUGAUGAAUGCAGUAUCAUGCACGGCGUGUGUGGUAACGGCACCUGUCGCAACACCCAGGGGAAUUUCCAGUGCGAUUGCAAUCCUGGCUACCAGAGUAGCGAAAUUAUGAAAAUAUGCAUGGAUAUAAACGAGUGCGAAACAACGCCGGGAUUGUGCCGAGGAGGUACUUGCGUCAACACGGAGGGAAGCUUCAAGUGUGUAUGUCCGCCAGGGCAUGAGCUUGCUCCUGACAAAGAGUCCUGCAAGGAUAUAGACGAGUGCUCCAGGACCAGUGGUAUAUGUUCGAAUGGCGUCUGCGAGAACAUGAUGGGAACUUAUCAAUGUGUUUGCGACGAAGGAUAUCAACAGACUGGGCUAAAGUCCCAUUGCGAGGACAUUGACGAGUGCUCCGCAACCAACGGAGGAUGCGAAAACAUCUGCCUGAACACACCCGGUAGCUUCUCAUGCUCUUGCAGCACCGGAUUCGCCUUAAACCUUGAUGGACGCUCGUGCACAGACGUCGACGAGUGCAAAGGAAAUAUGAGGAUUUGCAACGGAGGAAAAUGCACGAACACUUUAGGCAGCUACACGUGCACAUGCACGGACGGAUUACUACCCGGCAGCGAUGGAACUUCUUGUAUCGACGUUGACGAGUGCGUGUCGCAGCCCCACGUCUGCGGUUACGGUCAAUGCGACAAUACGAUCGGCUCAUACAAUUGCCGUUGCGAGGAAGGAUACUCUGUAAAGCCAGAUAAUGCUAGAGAAGGGUGUACCGAUGACGAUGAGUGCAUGCUCGACGCGUACACCUGUAGUGAGUUUGCCGACUGUCAAAAUACUCAAGGAUCUUACUCGUGCACAUGUCAGGAAGGUUUUGCCGGAAACGGGGUCGAGUGUAGGGACAUAAACGAAUGCCUGACUAACAACGGGGGUUGCGAUGCAAACGCUCAGUGCAUCAACACCGAAGGAUCAUUCAAGUGCGUAUGCGAUGCUGGAUUCAAGGGCGACGGUCAUUCUUGCAAGGAUGUAGACGAAUGUUCGAACGACUCAACACUCUGCGAAAACGGCCACUGCCUCAAUUAUCCCGGUUCUUUCCGGUGCGAGUGCGAGAUGGGAUUCAUGCACCCUGACGAGAACAACGAGCAGGCGUGUGUCGACAUCGACGAGUGCGAUUUAUUCAACAAUCUCUGUGUAUAUGGUAAAUGUGAGAACAUAUUCAGCAUGUUCCGUUGCGAAUGUGACGAUGGUUACAAGCUCGACAGCUCUGGAGGUAACUGCACCGACAUCGACGAGUGCGAAAGUCCUCAGUCCUGCCAGUACGGAACCUGUAUCAACACUGAGGGUAGAUAUCUCUGCGAGUGUCCUGCUAAUCACGAGCUGGUCGAAGCUGGAAACGCUUGCGUAGACAGAAGAAUUUCCUCCUGUUUCACUGGAUACGAAUUCAGUAGUAACAGGCCUCAGUGCGUUUUUGACAUGUCAGCUGCUGUGACCAAGGCGACCUGCUGCUGCAGUGUGGGAACUGCUUGGGGUAACCGAUGUGAGGCUUGUCCUAUAGUUGGAAGUGCGGAGUACAACGAACUCUGCCCAGGUGGUCCUGGUUACCGACCAAACUCCAUCACCGUCCUUUUGGAGGACAUAAACGAGUGCGAGGAACACGAUAACAUUUGUCAGAAUGGUCACUGCACGAACACAUUUGGGAGCUUCAUGUGCUCCUGCGAUGAAGGUUACGAGCUCGAUCAUACCAAGACGAGCUGCGUCGACGUUGACGAGUGUAGUCGACAUCCUGAUAUAUGUGGCGUUGGACGUUGCAUUAACGAUCAGGGAAAAUAUCACUGCGAAUGCCCCGAAGGUUACAUGCCGAUGCCUGGAGGAAAGGAGUGCGUUGACAUGAGGAAAGAGAGGUGCUAUACAACCUUCGAGUCCGGAACUUGCGACCAUCCUAUGAUGCGGCCACAGACUCGUAUGUUGUGCUGCUGUUCGAUGGGUGCAGCUUGGGGCAGUCCGUGCGAAAAAUGCCCUCGUAAGGGAACACAGGAAUACGUGACCCUUUGCGGCCGGGAGCCUGGACAGAUCAAGAACCCGAUAACUAACCACACGGUUGAGAUCGAUGAGUGUUCUCUGAUGCCUACGAUGUGCUCUCAUGGUCGGUGUCUGAACACUCCAGGUAGUUUUGAGUGCCAGUGCGAGUUUGGUUACAUUUAUGACGAAGACUCACAUCAGUGCAUAGACCAGAACGAGUGUCAACAGGUUCCGAGUCCUUGCCGCGACAACGCUCAGUGCAUUAACGAGCAGGGUUCAUUUAAGUGUCUCUGUCCGGCCGGGUACAAGCUUGGCAUCGAUCAGAGAGACUGCGUUGAUAUCGACGAGUGCUACGAGAACCCCGGUUUCUGUAGUAACGGAGUGUGUAAAAACCUGCAGGGUAGUUUCCAGUGCGCUUGCAAUCAAGGGUUCCAGCUUACCCGAGACAGGGACUCCUGCGUUGAUAUCGACGAGUGCAAGCGCAGUCAAAAUGUAUGUAACAAUGGCUCGUGCAUUAACACUCUUGGAAGUUACAAAUGCUUCUGUUACGACGGAUUCAAGCUAGGUCCCAACAACGACUGUGAGGACGUUGACGAGUGCAGAAUCAUGCCGUUCCUGUGUCGAAAUGGAAGGUGUCGUAACACGAUCGGAUCAUUCAGUUGCGAAUGCGCUGAUGGCUACGUCUUGGCGCAGGAAAAGCAGCACUGCCGAGAUAUCGACGAAUGUCGCGAGGUGUCAGAUCUGUGUCCAGAGCCAGGAAAAUGUCAAAAUCUUAUGGGUUCGUAUGUCUGCCACUGUCCACCGGGAUACGAGCUCGAUGAAACGAAGAAGAGGUGCCUCGACGUUGACGAAUGUGCUGAGUCGGAGGAUUUCUGUGAAAACGGCCGAUGCAUCAACACCGAGGGAGGUGUCAUCUGUGAAUGUCCACUGGGUUAUCAGCUCAGCGAGAAGAUCGACUCUAUGAGGUGCAUUGACGUUCGAGAGGAACGGUGCUACGAUGUUUUCAGUAGAGGUCAAUGCUUGGAGCCUCGCGGGGGAGGAAUUACGAAGAAACACUGUUGCUGCACAAUGGCAAUGGCGUGGGGUCGUUACUGCGAACAAUGUCCAGUGGAAGGAACUGAGGAGUUUCAGAGGUUGUGUCCCGAGGGUCCCGGUCGGGACGACCUUGGGAUUGACCUCAACGAGUGUCUCUUCAUGCCAGAUGCCUGUGUCGGUGGCGAUUGCAUCAAUACUGAUGGGUCAUUCAGGUGUGAGUGUCCACCUGGGUACGUACUCGAUGCCUCCGGAAAGAAGUGCAUUGAUGACAACGAAUGCCUCAAUAUUCAGAAUAUUUGUGGCAACGGCACCUGCACCAACGUUGAUGGCGGUUUCGAGUGCUCCUGCAACGAAGGAUUCACCCCAGGACCCAAUCAAGUCUGUGAAGACAUAAACGAAUGUCUGGAACUGGGAAACCAAUGCGCAUUCAGAUGCCACAACGUCCCCGGAUCGUUCAGAUGCAUUUGUCCCUAUGGAUACGCUCUUGCCGCCGAUGGUCGCCACUGUAUUGAUGUCGACGAGUGCACUACCCCGGCAAAUAAUUGCAGAUUUGAAUGUAAGAAUCUGAUUGGAUCGUUUAUAUGCAUCUGCCCAAUCGGAUACCAAAAGAUCGGAAUCACGGAUGAGUGCAAAGAUAUAAACGAAUGCGCGAUAAAUUCUGGACUUUGCCGCCACGGAUAUUGUCGCAAUAUUGACGGUGGGUAUCGCUGCGACUGCUGGGAAGGAUUUGAGCUCAGCCACGAUGGAAAGUCCUGCAUUGAUCGCAGAUCCGGCUAUUGCUUCCAACAAACAAUUGGGGGUCGUUGCGUGACGCGAACAUUUGACCAGCCGAAGGUCACCAAGGCGGAUUGUUGCUGCACCAUGGGAGCUGCCUGGGGAUCACAUUGCGAGAUAUGUCCAUCGCGGGAUUCGGACGACUACAACGAACUCUGCCUCGAAAAGGGAUAUUCGGUGGACGGCCAAGACAUUGACGAGUGCAGAACAAUUCCUGACCUCUGUAGAAAUGGAAUGUGUAUAAACACCCUCGGAUCAUACAGAUGCAUAUGCAACAAGGGAUAUAAGCCGGACAGAUCAGGAACACAUUGCAUCGAUAUAAACGAGUGUGAGCUGAGCUCAAAGCCGUGCAAGUACAAUUGCCAGAACACAGAGGGAGGCUUUAUAUGCUCGUGUCCUGUCGGUUUCAUCCUGAAUCCGGACGGCGUAAGCUGUCGAGACUUGGACGAAUGUGCGACCGGGAAUCACCUUUGUCAACAGGAAUGCAUCAAUACCCAAGGCAGCUACACGUGUGGAUGCCGAGAAGGGUACACCCAGCAUGCAGACAGUUGUCACGACAUCGACGAGUGUACAGAAAUACCCGGAACCUGUCCGAAACCAGGUAACUGCGUUAACACUCUCGGCAGCUUCCGAUGCAUAUGCCCCAGAGGCUUCAAACUCGAUAACACCGGCACCUUGUGUUCCGACACUAACGAAUGCGCGGACGACUCAAGCUGUGAACAUGGUUGCCAGAACCUCAUGGGCAGCUACCGAUGUGGUUGUCCUGAAGGAUUUGUUCAGCAUCUCUACUAUAACCAGUGUAUCGAUGAAAAUGAAUGCAGCGGAUCACCCUGCGGUGGCAAUGCCUGCAUAAACACAAUAGGCAGUUACCGUUGUGGAUGUCCCGAUGGAUAUCAAUUCGACAACAAUAUGCAAGUUUGCGUUCAGGUAAGCGCUGGAUGCACUGGAAGUCCAUGUUCGUUCGGUUGCAUACCGAACGGCGCAAACGGAUUCACUUGCAGCUGCCCAACCGGAUACCAACGAAUCGGCCAGGGUCAUUGUCUGUCAACGAUAAAUCCACUCGCUCCAGUUGGCGGCGUAGGCGGUGGUAUUAGCUACGGCGAGGAUAUUGGCAAUGUACCAACAUAUCCAAUCAAUCCUGAUCCUUACCACAUACCGCCAUCCGACGAUAAGAUAAUAUCAACAGAGGGAUGUUUCUCAUGCAAGGUGAAUGGUAACGGGGGAAGACACCGAAGAGGUGCUCGAGGCAGAUCGAUGGCACGGUACAAUGGAACGGCGGAUGUGCAGGACUUGAUCACCAAAAUAAGAACGAGCAAACCUCUGCCGAGGAAGCGAUCGCGCAAAGUAAAACGGCACCACCACGGAGAGGAACACAUCCUGAAAAUCAGUCUUCAACAGACGAAACAUAGAAUGAGAAUAAUCAAGCUUCAGCCAGCCGUGAAGCACAAGGACAUCGAGUAUUCCGUGACCCGUGGCAACGAUAAGAACCAGUUUGAAAUCGUAAAGAGGCACGGAGUGUGGGCGCUGCAUUUCCGGAAACGUAUGAAAUCGGCGGGUCAUUUCCUAGUCGAAAUACACGGACGUCCAGCGAAUGGUUCGAUCGGGGAAAAUGAGAUAUGGGAGAAGCCAUUAACUUUCAGGGUACACUUGAUAGUGACCAAGUAGCAUCCCAUCCGGGUCUAAAAAAUGAUUAAUGAUCGGCACUAUUUGAGACGUCGUCUUGAGCCUCGCGCUUAGGUUUAUUAUUGCGCGAGUUCGCCUUACGUGCGAAAAAAUUCAUCGGCUUCAAGAAGCAUAUUUACCUGCUUUUCGGUGGUAAAAAUUUACUCCCGCCGCAGGUAAUGCGACGAGACCCUGUAUUAUUAAUUAGCUAGAGGCUUUCAUUACUUUACAUUCAGUACAGUAUUGACUUUGCCUCUUCGCCUCUCCAAUGCAAAGCCGAUAUUGCAAAAAAUAGUAGUAAUAAUAGCAAUAAUAAUGAUAAUAAUGUUAAUAAUAAUAGUUAAAGUAAUAUUAUAAUAAUCGUUGUGUAAUGAUAAAAGUUCACGCAUAUAAUUAAUAUCAAUAGUGCCUAUACCUACCUAUAAGGAUAAUUAAAUAUUACUUAUACGUGUAUGCAUAAUAACGGUAACGAAAAUCACAUGAUAAUGAUAACAGUAGUAAAUAAAUUAGUAUACUUUUCAACUAUGAGCCGAUAAUAAAACGAACGCUUACUUCUGCCAUUGUUGUAUCGAAACCACGCUGUGCUGUAGAAACGAAUUUGGCUCCGAUAGAGCCGGAAGCAGCAAUAUCUACAAUAGCAACAGAAAAGGGCAAUCGGCCGGUCAUUUAAUGAAAACUAUUGUACACUAAUAUUAAAACACAAAAAACUUUGUGUAAGCUGUCGAAUAAGUCUUAUUGGAGUAAUAUAUUUUUUCCCAACACUUU